AUGGCCUUCACUGGUUAUGUCUUUGAAAAUAAGGAGAGUAUUAUGCCAUAUCUCGAAGAUGCAGAGACUGGGACUACUGUUCAGUGGGCCAAAGCGCAAGCUCUUAGAUUACAUGCGUUUGUUAUGGUUGGAUAUCCUCAGAUUAUUAAGGGUAAUCCAGACAAAUAUUAUAAUAGUGUAUGCUUCAUUGGUCGAAACAGUGAUCUUAUUGAAACUUAUCAAAAGACUCAUUUAUAUACGACUGAUGAAAAUUGGGCUGAUGAAGGCCCUGGUUUCAAAUCUAUAUAUGUGCCUGGUUUGGGAAAGGUCGGUUUCGGUAUUUGCAUGGAUCUUAAUCCUUAUAGAUUUGAGGCUGACUUUAUGGCCUUUGAAUUCGCGCGUUUUCAUCUUCAGCAACAAACUGAUAUUAUACUAUGUUCAAUGGCAUGGUUGUCGAGUGUGAGUAAUAAUCAAAUAAAUUAUUGGUGUCGCCGAUUACUACCAUUAUAUUACGACGUGUAUGGAAAUGACGAAGAAUCUCAAACAGAUAGGCAAAAUUUAGGUGCAAAUGGAAAUCGUAAAGUUUUAUUUGUUGUAGCUAAUCGGACUGGAACAGAGAAAGGUACAAAUUUCUGUGGUACUAGCUGCGUUAUUUAUAUUUCAUCACAAAAACAAAUUAGUCCAUUAAAUAUAUUAAAUGAUCAUGAAGAAACCGUUAUGGUUGUUGACACUUCACACACUUUACAAAAUUUAUGA